UGAUUCAAACCCUGUUUUAUUAAUAUUCUCUCAAUUCUAAGUGGUGACACUCUUUAUCAUCAAUAAUUCCAACAAAGCUUCAUUCUAAAGCUUAAAAUUGGAAUUUGGAACUGCAGAGUCAAAGAUUGGUGGAGAAAGUUUGAAGCUUGUUUUCCAACAAGCUUUUGGAUUUUAGCAAAUCGAGACGAAUUUUGCCGAGUUUUUUCGGUUCCUGUUAUAUUGGAUAUAUAUAGGUUUGACCAACUUCUACCGAGGACAGAAUGUAUAGGUUCUUAUCAGAGGUUAUAAUGGAACCCCAACGGGGCGGAGAGUCGAUUUUGGAUUCGAUUAAGAUCGCUGUUCUUCCGAUAGCCAAAGUUUUUACCAUGUGUUUUUUGGGGUUUCUUAUGGCUUCUAAAUACAUCAACAUUUUGCCUGCAAAUGGAAGGAAGCUUUUGAAUGGGUUGGUGUUUUCGCUUCUGCUUCCAUGCUUGAUAUUCUCUCAACUUGGCCAAGCCAUCACUUUCGAAAAAAUGAUCGAAUGGUGGUUCAUUCCUUUUAACGUUGUGCUAGCUACCAUAUCUGGUUCGCUUAUAGGAUUACUUGUUGCAACGAUUGUUCGUCCUCCAUACCCAUAUUUCAAGUUUACUAUUAUUCACAUUGGCAUAGGGAAUAUUGGGAAUGUGCCUCUUGUCCUGAUUGCUGCUUUAUGUAGAGAUAAAGCAAACCCUUUUGGAGAUUCUGCUAAAUGUACUCAAGAUGGAAAUGCUUACAUCUCCUUUGGGCAAUGGGUAGGUGCAAUCGUCCUCUAUACGUAUGUAUUUCAAAUGCUUGCACCUCCUCCUGGAGGUUCUUUUGACAUCGAAGAUAGCAAUCUUCCAGUAAAAGCCCCUCUAAAGGGUAGCAGUCCCCCUGAAGAAGUUCCUUUGCUCACUCAUGAACCUGAACUGAUUAAUGAAGAUUCUCAUAAAGCUGGAAAGAUAAAACAAUUCUUAAAGUACCUGUAUGACAAGUUGAAGCUUAAGCAAGUACUCCAGCCGCCUAUUAUUGCAUCGAUACUGGCUAUUUUCAUCGGAUGUAUACCAUUUUUAAAGGGGUUGAUCUUCACCCCUGAUGCACCACUCUACUUCUUCACUGACAGCUGCUUGAUUCUUGGGGAUGCUAUGAUUCCUUGCAUUUUGUUGGCUUUGGGCGGCAAUCUGACAGAUGGACCCGGGAGUUCAAAACUAGGAUUAAAGACAACCGCUGCAAUUAUUUUUGGACGACUAGUUUUAGUUCCACCAGCAGGACUAGGAAUUGUGACAUUAGCUGACAAACUUGGAUUUCUCCCACCUGAUGAUAAAAUGUUCAGAUUCAUUCUCCUCUUACAACAUUCAAUGCCGACAUCUGUAUUAUCAGGUGCCGUUGCUAGUUUAAGAGGUUGUGGUAGGGAAGCUGCUGCCAUCUUGUUUUGGGUUCAUAUCUUUGCAAUCAUAUCAAUGGCGGGUUGGAUUGUAUUGUAUCUAAACAUUCUCUUUUAGAGUCGGUUAUUAAAACCGGGAAAAACCAACAUAAAUAGCAGGCCAUUUGGUGGAGCUCAAAGAAUCAAAUGAUGCAGGGAAACUAUAGAGUUGGAACGAUCCGUAUGUUGAUAAUAGAUCUGUUGAUAUUCUUUUAUACAAUGAGAGAAAGAGAUGUGAAUGAAGAGUGUAUCUUAAUCCUUUCUUCCUUGGUUGCUCAUCAUUUGGCCUUGUAUGUUAUUAUUACUUACUGCUGUUUACAUAUAACAUGUUUGAUUGGAAAGCCACAUUCUUUUGUGACU